AUGUUGACCACCGUCCUUGCCGUGCUUGGCUUGUUAGGCGCCUACCUACUCGCCAAUGCCAUCUAUGCCGUCACAUUUCACCCCUUGGCUGACGUACCCGGUCCAAAGAUCUGUGCGAUCACUCGCAUACCAUACUGGCUCGUAACACUCUCGGGCGAUGACGUCCAAUGGAUGAAGAAGCUUCACGACCAAUAUGGACCGGUCCUUCGCUUUGGGCCCACGGAUCUGAGCUUCGCGGCCGGGCAAGCUUGGCAUGAUAUCCACGGACCGAAGGUGACUGAGAAGGCGCAAGAAUUCUCGGUUCAGCCUGUCAAUGGUGUCCCCAGCAUGCUCACCGCGAAUACUCAGAACCACGCGCGAGUACGCCACUUAUUCUCACCGGCCUUCUCCGAACGUGCAUUGAAGCAGCAGGAACCUCUUUUUCGGAAAUACGUGGAUCUCUUGGUGUACAAGAUAUCAGAAGUUGGUGAAGACGGCAAAAAGCCUGUGGAGAUGACCCAGCUGCUUAACUUCGCAACAUUCGAUGUCAUGGCAGAGCUCUGCUUCGGGGAGCCCCUUGGACUGCUGGCUAAGAACGAGUACAGUCCAUGGGUCAAAUCGAUCUUCGAGUCUCUCAAGAUGCUUCCCAUUGCUUCUAUUAUCAACUACUACCCCAUUCUGAACGCCAUCUUCACCCGAUUCGAGCCGAAGUCUGUCACAGAGCAGCGGGUGACACAUUGCAGGCAUUCGGAGGAGCGUGUCAACCGCCGUCUACAAGAUGGUUCCACCCAGCCUGAUGUCUGGAACCUUGUGUUGUCAGCCAAAGAGGGGAAGGAGUUGACUCUGGAGGAGAUGCACUCCAACUCUGAGCUGUUCAUGCUCGCUGGCUCGGAGACAACGGCUACAUUGUUGAGUGGUUGUAUCUAUAAUCUACUUACGCACCCCGAGAAGAUGAGGGCUCUAGUCGAUGAGAUCCGGGGAAACUUUACUAAGCUCGACGACCUGACCUUUGAGAAUCUUGCCGAGUUGAAAUACAUGAAUGCUUGUCUCAAGGAAGCACUUCGCGUAUAUCCCCCUGUUCCAAUAGGUAGCCCACGAGUGGUAAUGGAAGGGGGACAAGUCAUCCUCGGCAAGUGGGUUCCACCGGAGACACGCGUAUCAGUUCACCACUGGUCAACAUAUCAGUCCGAGGCCAACUUCAAGAACGCCGCUACAUUCACACCAGAGCGCUGGCUAAAGUCCGAUCCCGUGUACGCGGGAGACGCCCUGGAUGCUCAUCAACCCUUCGGGUUUGGGCCCCGAAAUUGCCUUGGGCAGAAUAUGGCCAUGCACGAGAUGAGACUCAUUCUGGCCACACUCAUAUUCAAGUUUGAUUUCGAUCUCUGCGAUGAGAGCCGCAGCUGGGACGCGCAGAAGUCGUUUGCCCUGUGGAUCAAGAACCCGCUGAAGGUCCACGCAAAGCCAGUAUCUACGCAGACCAGACUAAACAUUUGA